AGACCAGGAGUCAUGAACUAUACAUUUAACCUCCCCAUCUCCGCCCCCUUUUUUUGACAUGGCAGUGCAAGCUUCAUAUGAGGCUUUGGACAAGCAUGUGGCCAUAGGUUACAAGGCUAUCAGCACUUAUUUUGGACUGACUGGGAGGUCUCAUAGGAGACUUACCAGCAGAGAUUUUGAGGUGAGCUCUUUCUGUCAGGGGUGCAGCCACAUACCUUUGCUCAGUAUUUGAUGGCUUGGGAACUCAUUGGCUCAGGUGUAAUACCCAGAUGGUAAGGGAACCGAUGGAUUUUAUACCAGUGGAGCAGUGCUUGGAAAGUCUGCCUGAGAGGUUUGUGUGGACAGCUGGUGUCAGCGCACUCUGGUACAGGCACACAAAGAGGACUAACUGGAGGUUAAGCCACUAGAGAUAACCACAGCCAUGUCCUAAAAAAAAAAAGGAGGACAUCCAGCUGGACAGAUGGUAGAACUGCCACAUAGAAGAACAAGGGAGGAACCAAAAAGGAUGCUUGCCCAGAAUCUUAUUAGAUCACUUGUGUCAGCAUCGGACUCCUGGACAGAACCCAUGACUUUUGUUUCCCUAUUUGGGAGUCAUAUGAAUUGACUCUGUCCCCCUCAUCACUGUGGCCUUCUUGUCAGGCGGGGAGACUAAAGCAUUUCCCUGGAAUCCAGGGCAUAUAGUGGGCCCUUAAUAACGGUCAUGAUAAGAAAAACACCAUAGGCAGUGAGGUGACUAGCUUCAGUGGCAGCAACAUGAGACUGGGAACUGGGUCCCGCAUGGGUUGAACAGGAGAAAAUGAAGGUGACAUUCAGUGCAGCAUGGUAUCACCUAAAUAACAUUAAAAGUUUUUACUGCUGGUAUAGCUGAAAUUAACAUAUCCACUAACAGUGUAUCUGAAUAUAAACCAGCCUUAUGGUGUUUGGAAGAAAAUCAGAUCCGAACAAAUGACUAUGGAUGGACACACAGGAAUUAAAAGGUCCAAGGAUUUUCAGUAAUUGUUAAAAGGAAUGAACGAACCUAAAAUUCUACCAUUUUCCAAACCGCAAGAAGGAACAUUUGUGAAGAAACAUUUGUGUAUGUGCAAUUCAAAUAACCAUAAAAUUCAGAAAGGUCCUAUAUGAUCUGAAAGAUUAAUUUUCUCAUUUGCCUUGUGCAUGGCAUCUUACAAAUAGCAAAUUUCUUAAACAGUUUACUUUUCUGUAACUGAUAAAUUUCAGCCAAUUUCAAGCCUAAUUGGUUUGGCUUCCAUUCCAUUUCCAAACAGUUAAAACAUUUUAUACCAAAAAAGUAAACCUCUUUCCAAAUCCUUAAAAUGCUUGCUGUAACCUCUUUGGAAAUCUCAACAAUUUAACCAUUUUGGCACUGAAAGUCAAAGCGUGAAUACUGAUGUAAUCUUUCCAGCAGAGAUCCUAACCAUGGAAUCUUACACAGGAGCAGUAUCACCAUUAAUUUGUAACAGCACAUCUUUUGAACUAAAUGGAUCACAUUUAUGUAAUGAAAGCAUGUCUUCUAUCUUGGCUGAUAAAUCAGAAGAACACCAACAAUACAUUAUUGGACUUUUCUUAUCAUGCCUUUACACUAUUUUCCUUUUCCCUAUUGGCUUUGUGGGAAACAUUCUGAUUUUAGUUGUGAACAUAAGUUUUCGGGAAAAGAUGACUAUUCCUGACCUGUACUUCAUAAAUCUUGCAGUAGCUGAUUUGAUUUUAGUUGCUGACUCCCUCAUUGAGGUUUUUAAUCUUGACGAAAAGUAUUACGAUAUCACUAUAAUUUGCACAUUCAUGUCUCUGUUCCUUCAGAUCAACAUGUACAGCAGCAUUUUCUUUUUGACAUGGAUGAGUUUUGACAGAUAUAUAGCACUUGCAAAAGUAAUGAGGUCCAGCAUAUUUCGGACUAUGCAGCAUGCUAGAUUAAGCUGUGGCCUCAUAUGGAUGGCAUCUAUCUCUGCAGCACUAGUGCCAUUUACAGCUGUAUAUUUGCAGCACACUGGAGGGGUCUACUUUUGUUUUGCAGAUGUAGAAGAAAUCCAGUGGUUAGAAAUAACCUUGGGGUUUAUAAUCCCCUUUGUGAUCAUCGGUCUUUGUUACUCAUUAAUUGUUCGAGUUCUUAUAAAAGCACACAAACACAGAAGUCUUCGACUACGGCGCCAAAAGGCUCUUCGAAUGAUUUUUGUAGUCGUCCUGGUUUUCUUUAUCUGCUGGCUACCUGAAAAUGUCUUCAUUAGCAUUCAGCUUCUUCAAGAGAAAGGAAAGACACUCUCUUCAGGCAACCAAUCUUUUCGGCAUGAUUAUCCCCUCACAGGACAUAUUGUAAACCUAGCAGCCUUUUCUAACAGUUGUUUGAAUCCUCUGAUAUACAGUUUUCUAGGUGAAACUUUUAGAGACAAAUUACGGUUGUAUGUUGAACAGAAAACUAAAAUGUCAACAUUCAGUCGUUUUUGUCAUGCUGCCCUAAAGUCAGUCAUUCCUGACAGCAAUGAGCAAUCAGAAGUUUAAUUUAGUAGCGCUGUAUAAAAACCAUAACUGAAAAUUGCACAAAUAUAGAACAAAACGCUUGCUACUAACAGUAAAAUAUAUGUAUAUAUAAUGCCUUGCUGAGUACUGAAGGGUUAUACUCUAAAUAUUUUUAAGACAAGACUUAAAGGUGAAAGAAUACAUUUUAGUCAGAUUUAUACUUAAUUAUCAGUAGGAUUACUAAAAGCUGACUAAUAAGGGGCCUUUAGUUUGCAUUAUACAUGUAUGAAUGAUAAUUUAUCAGAAAAUGUUAUCAGACUAGGAAGAAUCGAGAUAACUCAAUUAUCAGAGAAUAGCUACUUUGCUGUCAUAUGCUAGGUUUUCCCAUUUAAAAAAUGAAGCUGACACAACAGUGGGAAAACUCAUUACAACACAUUGAUGUGGAGGUGCAGAAAAAAAGUUAUUGAUUUUCCAUCCAAAUAUAGCCAUUUGACAACUUUGCUAAGAACUACUGUGCUGUACACAGUGCUGGAUAUGUUUUCUGUUCUAACAUACAUUUCAGGCAUUGAUUUUUUUUGUUUCUCUUAAUGUAAUAUAGAGCUAGAAUGAAGAUUUUUUUCCCCUACUUUGUAAUGUUCACAUCAACACAUCAUCAAAUCUGAAGUCACACACAGUAUCCUGCUCACCUAUAUUACCUUAUCUCAGAGAAUCCAUCAAAACAAAAUUUACUGCUUCAUUUUAUUUUUGAAUAUUGUCCAUAGGAAAAUGAGUCUUUUGUCACAAGCACAAACUACAGAUUAAAGUGUCACAAUUAAUGAAACUACUGCUAUCUUCAUUUAAUGUGUGUAUGUAUAUAUAUGGCGACCUAAAUAAAUGUGUUUGUGUGUGUAUGUAUGUAGGUAUACAAAUACAAACACACACACUUACAUCAGUCACCACAUUUAAAUUUUAAUAUUGUAACAAUAUCUGUCUUGGUUGUAAGAAUGGAAUAUUGUUCUUUUUUUUUUUAAAACUGCCUUCUGCAAAAAAUGACAUUGUAAGAAACUCAUUAAAAUGUUGGAAGCCUCA